AUGGCCCCGAUCUCGCUGCUUUCGUUGCUGGGCACGGCUGCGGCCAUGAAAUGCCCUGGGUCCAGCUCCUGGAUCCACGCCUCCGCACAGGUGGAGGCCAUGGCGGAUGCCAGCUGCGCGGAUGUGAGUGAGGAGAUCAAGGCGCGAGUGAGCGGCGGGUGGAAGGACCCGCACAACGGCGGCACUUACACUCUGCUGGACGCUGACGAUGGGGAGCUGACGCUGCAGCGCGUCACGGCCAACGGGAUGUUCACGGACAAAAUGAUCUUCACUUUCUCCUCCUUCGACGGCGCCCGGGCGUCCUGCGGCAUCCACGCCUGCUCAGAGUCUCAGGGCUUCUCCGUGAAGGACUUCUCCACGAACUACUGCAACCUGCGGAACUUGUACUGCGGCAGCACGGAGGGCUGCGUGCCCGUGAAGCACGACUUCGAGAACUCCGAGGUGGUGGUGAAACCUUCGUGCUUCGCGGGAAGCGACAAGGACGCCUGCAUCGUGAAGUCCGAGGCGGAGACGGCGUUGGCCACGGUGGCCACGGUAGCCACGCCGAUGCUGCGACAGGUGCCAGUGGGCGGCACCGUGGAGGACACCUUGGGGUGCGUGAGCAACAACUGCCCCAUGGACAAAGCCACGUUGCAGCCCAGCGCCAUGUGCGUCCUGGGCAACUGCACCAGCAACUUGGCCAAGUGCCUCUUCUCCUCCACAUGCCGCAGCGGCGUGAUGUGCGAGCUGGGCUGCUUCGACCUGCUGAAGGCCACAGAUUCCAAGGAGGACGCGGACCGCUUCGUGAACCUCAUGGACUGCAUGCGCACGCACUGCCCCGGCUACCCGCCCAGCAAGACCUGCGUGGCGAUGCACUGCGUCGCGGAGGCCGGCGCGUGCGCGUUUCACUCGACCUGCCGAUCCGCCUUGGAGUGCGCCGACGGCUGCGUGCCGGCCAAGUACGCCGCGGCUCUGGCCGCCGCACAGCAGGCCACAGAGGUGGUCACAGAAGUGUGA